AUGAGAAGAUUGAUACCUACAUACAAAUCCAAACUCUUAACAGUAAUAAACAGUAAUACUAUUUUAACUGUUUUAAAUAAUAACUAUAAAAGGUGGAAUAGGCAAAACAGUCGAAAUGGUCGACGUAAAUACCAUCGUGGCCAUCGAGUAGAAGGCCAAUGGAUUUUUGGAGGAAUUGAGCAGGAAUCUGGGCUUUGUUUUCUUGUUCCUGUUGAACGUCGUGACAAGGUCACAUUGUUGUCAUUAAUUAAAGACUGGAUAUUGCCGGGCACGUGUAUAAUUAGUGAUUGUUGGAAGGCUUAUGAUUGUUUAGAAGAGGAAGGUUUCCGACACUUGACAGUUAAUCACUCAAUUCAAUUUGUCAACCUAGAUACCGGCGCACAUACCAACAAUGUUGAAGGCAUGUGGCGCCAUGCAAAAGCAUCACUGUCACAGUACUGCCGCAAAAAAAAAAUAUUACUGUGGUUACAUGGCAAAAUUUAUGUUUAUUAA